CUUCUCCUCUCUCCUCUGCAGCUGCUCCACACGUCACACCAUUAACUCACCCUCAUCAAUCCUCACUCUUCCCUUACAACACCUUCAUCAAACCUCAACCAAACUCAUCCAACAUCGCCGCCGUCAACAUGGUUCUCGACUACCUCCCACCCGUCAAGCCUUCGGCCAUCGCCCUCGGCACCGUCUUCAAUCAUGCCGCCAGCUUGGCUAUAAUGGGUCCAUUGUUUGGCGACACCUACCGUCGCGCCCAAGAGGCCAACUCCAAGGAAGAGUUCUUCAAGUCCAAGGAAGCCGCCUCGGCCGGCGUCGCCUGGGGAUCCUCUCUCGUCGGGUCUGCCGUUCAGUCCUACGGUGUUGGUGCUCUGAUCAACUCCACCGGCACUCUCAGCUACAAGGGCGCCGCCUACCUCGGCAGCUUGAUCUUCAUGGCCAGCUCUGCCCCCUCCUUCAUUGCCCAAGUCUCGACUGAGAAGAGACCCUUGGAUACAGUUGCCGUCGGUGCUUUGGCCCGUGUCUUCGAAACUGUCGGGCUGAGCUUGUUCUUGGUCUGGUGGGGCACUCGCACGAACCCCUUCGAGUAGAAGCCGAGUAGGGUCAGGUAGAUUGCCUGGAGGAGAGGGGAUGCAAUGAGAAAUAAGGGGCGUGGUGGAGCUGAGGAGCAAGGAUGGAAGUAUCUCCUAUAUUGAUUCACUCCCCUUCUACACCGGUGAAAUUGUUCCAAUCUGGCCACGUCGGCGUUGAGAAAACUCUCCAUAUCUCUACUGAGGUUCGUCAUGACGUGCGCAGUCCUGUUCGUCAAUGGCCACGCACCCGUGCUUCAUCCCUUUGCUCGCGGUCAGCAAACGCUCUACAUGUAUCGACGCACGGCAGCGGUUGGCAGGCGGAUGUCCUAGUUGCCCUUCCGUCAUCUCUCUGCUUUCAUCGAACCUGUGGCUGUCCCUCAUACGCUCAGUAGCUCUGCGGCUGCGAGAAACCUGAGGGAGAGGUGUAGACUGGCCAGGAACGACGAAAUCUCCAAGAGCCCCGCGGUUUCCCAACAGCAGUCUCGUUAAUUCACAUCUCAGUGCUUUCAAGGAAA